AGCCCCUCACGCCCCUCCCGCUGAUGAUAAGCCUCGGUCUAAGUCUACGGCGAGUGGCUAGAGGUACACUAUUGCCGAGUCGAUAUCAACAAUUGAGUUGAAGAUAACAUCGAUUGCUCCUACCUCUGAUCCCGCCUGUCUACGUUGACGACUUUCAUCUGACAUGGAUUUCCACUUUCAACGCAACCAAAGGGAAAAGGUCAAACAGCACAAUGGCCAGCCAAGAAGAGCCCGGCAGCACUAUCCCUCCUCACAUCCUCUCCAAGUUGAAUCCGGAUUUCGUCCCGUUCUUUCGGGAUGUCCUGUCAAAACGACCACGAGACGUCACCAUCGAGGAACUUCGAGCCCAUCCCGAGAAGUAUCGAGCACCAACUGCCAUUGAUACCUCAAAGUGCGAGCGAGUGACAGACUAUGAGGUCAUAUCGGAAGAUGGAGCCACGGUGCCUGUGAGAGUUUAUCAUCCAGACCCAAACAAGCAUGGAGAUGGGCCGUAUUCUGUUCAUAUGAACCAUCACGGGGGUGGAUUUGUGAUUGGGGAUCUGUUUACGGACGGUCACCUCUGUUUGAGUAUGCGCGAGGCGGGUGUGGUGAUCGUGGAUGUAAAUUAUCGUCACUGUCCUGAAACGAUAUUUGGCAAGGCCUUCCAAGAUGCAUGGGCGGCCCUGAACUGGGUGAUCAACUCGGCCACCACCCUAAACAUCAACCCGUCCUCCAUUUCCGUGGGCGGUAUCUCGGCUGGCGGGAACAUCUCGUUCAUUUUACAGCACAUGGCCCGCGACGCCGGUCUCCCGCUUAGGCUGUGCCUGGCCUCUGUCCCUCCCACAACCGACUGCAUCAGCUACGGUUCCCCUACUGACUCCCCCUAUUCCUCUUUCAGCGAGUUUGCAAAUGGACCUGUCCUCCCCUGGGAUCGCAUCAAGUACUUUGGGCAGUCUUGUUUUCCAGCCGAAAAGCGGGAUGAAAUCCGGAAAAUGUGGCCGGAAUGGUGGUUAGCACCGAUCAAGGCCCCGAACUUCAAGGGGUUGUGUCCCACUUUCAUUAGGACGGCGGAAUGCGAUAUGCUGAGAGACGAGGGGGAGGCGUAUGGGCUAAAGUUGGUGGAGGGAGGGAAUAAAGUCACCAUCAAGCGGUAUUUGGGCGCGGUGCAUACGAUGAUGUAUCUGCCGCUGGAGAAUGAGCAGCGGAGGAGUUAUGAUGAGGAUGCCAUCAGGGCAUUGAGGGAGGCGCAUGGGCUGGCGAAGUGA